UUGACCAAUGCCGUUUCUGUGCUAUGAUGAGCUCUAAAGCCAGAUUGAAAAUUCUCAAGCAAGUUAUUAUUUUGAAGAAAGUCACAUAGCUGAUCGGGAUUGAUCCAUUAUUCAGCUUAGUUCAGUUAUUUCACUUGGGAAGAUAAGAAAAUAAAAGUACCUGUUGUUUUUGUGAAGUCUUUUGGGUGAUCACAGCUUAAUGGUGUCUAGCUCAACAUGUCCAGCCUAGUAAACCAACAUUGUUCAUCCAUCGAAAGACAGGAGAUAACAAGUUAUGUUAAAGUAGUGGGCUUGUCUGUGGAGUCCAUCCUGAAAAGGUUUAUUUAGGCUUAGCAAUGUGGACCCCAACCCAUAAUCCUCCUGCAGACACACCUGUGGAGGAGAGUAUAAAGAGCCUGGGCUGAAGUGAGUCAAACAUCGAACUUCAAGGAGUCUCUCCACAGCAGCUCUCCACAGAAGCUCCAGAGCCACCCAACCCACCCUGAAGAUGGUUCCCUCUGUCAGCCUGCUGCUGCUGCUGCUCGGCCUCUCUCUGGCACAUCCUCUCAUGGAGGAAGGAAGUGAAACAGAUAGAGAUGAAGAUGACGCUAUUGACAUCACCACCAGGAUUCUGACAUCCAACAACGCCACCAAUGAGAUCCUACUGGAAGGAGACUUGUUAGCUCCCAGAACCAGAAAUGCCAUGACAUGUUGGUCCCAGAACUGCUUGUGGGGGAAAGCAUCCAACGGCCUGGUGAUGAUCCCCUUCACCAUGAGCGGUGAGUUCACCAGCUGGGAGAUUCAGAAGAUCAACUAUGCCAUGCAGGCCUUCCACAGCACAACCUGCAUCCGCUUUGUACCCCGUCAGAACGAGUAUGACUACAUUAGCAUCGAGAACAAAGCUGGAUGUUUCUCCUCUCUGGGCAGACAGGGAGGGAGACAGGUCCUCUCUCUCAACAGGCAGGGCUGCCUCUACCAUGGCAUCAUCCAGCACGAGAUCAACCACGCUCUGGGCUUCCAGCACGAGCAGACCAGGAGCGACCGCGACUACUACGUCAGGAUCAACUGGGAGAACAUCGAUCCACAGAUGGCCUACAACUUCUACAAGCAGGAUACUAACAACCUGAACACUCCGUAUGACUAUUCCUCCAUCAUGCACUACGGAAGAACAGCUUUCUCCAUCCAGUAUGGCAUGGACUCCAUCACCCCCAUCCCUGACCCCAAUGUUCAGAUUGGCCAGAGGCAGGGCAUGUCCUACUGGGACGUCAUGAGGAUCAACCUUCUCUAUGGCUGCUGA